GAGUUAACGAGCGCCCGCGCACUCGGUCUUGUGACGUAAGAAAACAUGAAACGGAAUGUGGUGAAAAUAUUCGUGUUUAUCAUUACAUUAUCACUUUUCUUGCUUUGGUAUAACGUUUAUAAUACAUCAAAAACUAAGUUAACCUUACAAUCGUUGGGAAUCAUCAAAAUGAUUCAAAAAUCGAAUGUGACUGAUUCACCUCGAAAAUUACUAAUCCUCAAAUACAUUCUUAUAUGGACAGAUCCAGAAUUAGUACCUGUUGUCUAUUUGAAUGGCGGACAAACGCGGUUUGAACAAAAUAAGUGUCCAUACACUAAUUGUUACGCUACAUCUAAUGCCAGUUUCUUGCAAGAUUAUUCCCAAUUCGACGUUGUAGUAUUCAACGGUCCCGAAGUGAUUUCCUGGCCUGCUAAUAUGUUACCAUCCAAGAGGUCUGAGAAUCAAAAAUAUGUGUUUGCAACAAUUGAAUCAUCUCACAAUUAUCCGUUGUGUUCUAAUAAAUUCGACGGCUACUUCAAUUGGACUUGGAGUUAUAGAUUAGACUCUGAAAGUAGAUGGGGAUAUAUAAUUGUUCGUAAUAGCAUGAACAGGAUAAUAGGACCUAAUAAAGUGAUGCACUGGUUGAAGUUAGGUGAGAUGAAACCAGUAUCAGAAGAAUUCAAAAAAAGUUUAAGGACGAAAACAAAGGCAGCUGCUUGGUUUGUUUCAAACUGUCUAACCCGAAGUAAACGAGAAUACUACGUAAAGAGCCUCAAAAAAGAAUUAAAAAAAUUUAAUUUGACUGUGGAUAUUUAUGGAGAAUGUGGAUUUUUAUCUUGUUCAAGAUCAUACGAUAGAAUAUGUGAAGAGAUUGUAAACACUCAUUAUUACUUCUAUUUAGCGUUCGAGAAUUCUUUUUCGGAAGAUUAUGUAACGGAAAAAUUAUUAAUUGCACUUCAAAACAAUGCCAUACCUGUUGUAUAUGGAGGAGCUAACUACACCAGGUUUAUGCCUGAUGGCAUAUAUUUAAAUGCAAGAGAGCUGGGCGUUGAGAAACUUGCACGAAAAAUGGACGACCUUAUAAGAGAUCCGGAAAUGUACGCAGAAUUUUUCAAAUGGAAAAAUCAUUAUACUUACCACAGAAAAAAUGAAAACAGAGAAACAGACGACUAUUGCAGCAUCUGUGCCUUACUGAAUAAUGAAGAAAUGAUGAAGAAGAAAUCGGUGUAUAAGAGAUUUAGGAAAUGGUGGGAUUCGUCAAGCACAAUGUGCGGGUCCUAAUCUAAAAAGCAA